GGCCAGAAGGGCGCGGCCAAAAACUACAUCACCCGUACCCAGGCUGUGCGCAAACUGCAGAUUUCACUACCUGACUUCCGUCGCCUGUGUAUCUUCAAGGGAAUCUACCCUCGCGAGCCCCGUAACAAGAAGAAGGCAGCAAAGAACUCGCACUCUACCCAGGCCACCACCUUCUACUACACUCGCGAUAUUCAAUACCUCCUCCAUGAGCCUCUCCUCAACAAGUUCCGCGACCACAAGGCUCUGGCCAAGAAGAUUGGUCGUGCUCUGGGACGCAAUGAAAUCUCCGACGCAAACCGCAUGGAGAAGACUCUCACUCCUAAGAUGACCCUCGACCACAUCAUCAAGGAGCGCUACCCUACUUUUAUCGAUGCUCUUCGCGAUCUUGACGACUGUCUCUCCAUGCUUUUCCUUUUUGCCAACCUCCCCUCCACCGAGACCGUUCCUCCCAAGACCAUCCAGCUCUGCCAGCGUCUCACUCACGAGUUCGAGCACUACCUGAUCCGCAGCAACAGUCUGCGCAAGAGUUUCCUUUCCAUCAAGGGUAUCUACUACCAGGCCACCAUCCAGGGUCAGGACAUUCUGUGGCUCGUUCCCUACAAGUUCGUCCAGCGCGUCACUGGCGAUGUCGAUUUUCGUAUCAUGGGCACCUUCGUUCAGUUCUACACAACUCUCCUUGGUUUCGUCAACUACAGACUUUACACCAGCCUCGGCUUGGUAUACCCUCCCAAGUUUGACGCCAAGGCCGACGAGCAUGGUGCUGAGUUGGCUGCCUUCGCCAUCGAGGGUCGCAACGUUGCUGGUGCUCUGGACAACAAGGUCGAGCAGCCCGCUGCUGCACCCAAGCAAGUUUCGGCCACUGCUCAAGCUGAGGCCGACAAGCUUCUGGAACUGCCAUCCGGCGAAGAACCCACCAGCUCAUACGCCACCGCCCAGGAGAACCCCUCAUCAAACCCCAAGGAUCAAGAAGAGGAGGAGAGACAAGACGGAGAACUCGAUGCUUUCCCUGCACCUAUCGACCCCGAGUCGGAUGUCCUGCACCAGCCUACCGUUUCCGCCUCGACUGCCGCCAACCUUUUCGAGCCUUUCACCAUCUACCUCUCGCGCGAAACUCCCCGUCACCCUCUGGAAUUCAUUCUCCGUGCCUUUGGUUGCAAGCGUGUAGCAUGGGACACUGUUCUGGGCGAGGGCGCCUACACUUCCGACGAGGCCGACCGUCGCAUUACUCACCAGAUUGUUGACAGACCCAACCUCCCUCUUCCUGCCAUGCCUGUCGAGGACGAUGAGACCGCUGCUGCCAACGCUUCGAAGCGUUUGAGACCUGGCGAGCGUGUCCCUGGACGUGUUUACAUUCAGCCCCAGUGGGUCUGGGACUGCAUCAACGCAGGCAAGCUGUUGAGAACCGACCUUUACGCCCCUGGUGCUACUUUGCCUCCCCAUCUUUCACCCUGGGUCAAGCCCAAGCAGGGCGAGUACGACCCUACCAAGUCUUUGGCAGAGCAGGAAAACGAGGGCGAGGCUUUGGCUGCCGAGGCAGAGUCAGACGAAGAGAUGGCCGACGAGGAUGCUGGCUCAGAUGGUGAAGAAGUGGAUGGUGUUCGUGGAGAUGGCGAGGCUCGCGACCUGGAGUCAAAACUUCUGCAACAAGGCGGCAAGGAGGUUGUCAGUGGCGAAGGUAUGGACGUCGAGCUCGCCGAGUCAGAUGACGACGAGGAUGAGGAAGAGGAGGCCGCAAAGGAAGAGGAAUUCGAUGGUCUCAGCGAGGACGAAGAGGAAGACGAGUCUGAGGAUGAGGCCACUCGUCACCAGCGUGAGCUUGCCGCUGAGGCAGAGGGCCGUUCCUUGACUGCUGAUGCUGGCGCUACACCCGCCAAGGCUCUGCGCAAGAAGGAGGCUGAGAAGGCACAGAAGGCCAUCUCACGCAAACGCAAGGAGGCACAAGAAGAGACAGACCGCCAAAAGAUGAUGAUGAGUCGUCGCAAGCGCAAGAUCUUCGAGAAGAUGCAGUACUCGAAUGCAAAGAAGGAUGCCGAGGCCGAGAAGCUGAGAGGCAAGAGAAGAAAGAUCGAGAAGGCGGCCAAGAACUAG